UUAAUUAUUCCUUAUAUUUGACGAUACGAUAAGAGCGUAUUUUGCAAACAUUUUUUUUUACCCAUUCCCCUCAUAAAGAUACAAAUACGCACUGCAGAAAUAUCGGAAAUUUUCUCGGAGUGUAAAAAGCAAAAACACUGAAACAAGAUACGGCGAAGAAAAACGCAUAAUUUGAGUGGACUUCGUUUAGCGUGUGAAUAGCCGUCAAUCAAAAAUGACACAAGCAAAUUCGGAAACUUGGCAACAUUGCUUGCUCAUUCGUGUUUCCGGUGAAAAAUAAAAAGAACACGCGACGUGAAGGUGCGCCAUCGGCCGGGGAAACGCCGUCGUCGAUUCACCGAGUUUUGGUCCCCGGAAAGCAGGAAUCGACAGGCUCGCUCCACCGAUUGGUCGCUGCCGGAUUCUUCCGAGCAGGACAAUAUUGCCGGAACGGAAAAAAACGUGGCCUCGUCAUCAACUUCCGGAAGCACAAGGGUUGCUCGGUGGAUAAAUAUCCGGAACCGGAACGGCUUGCCACAAAAAUCGGCCAACCCAGAAAAGGGUCACAGACGCCCGGAAGUUUUGACAGCCUUGCGAAGAUAAAUCACAAGGGGUCGGAGACGCAACGAAGGCAGGCGUGUGAAUGUGAAUGAAUAGCUCCCGACGAUGUGUUCGACAAACUGAUAAACGCUGCUUGAUGUGGAUUUACCAUACCUGAAAAAAGAAGCGAAACGAUAAGACGGACCUCAAAACAUCUUCAAAAAUUAUUGCUUAUUGAAAAAAAAGAAUGUCAUCUCGUAUUCUUAAAUACUAUUUCGAUUUGCUAUCGCAACCAUCACGUGCCGUUUACAUCCUGCUUGAGCAGAGCAAAAUCCCUUACGAAAAGUGCCCGGUGGCGUUGAGAAAAUUCGAACAGAAGUCGGAGGACUACAUACGCAAUGUGAACCGAUUUGGAAAGGUUCCCUGUAUCGUUCAUGGUGAUUUCAAAUUGGCCGAGAGCAUUGCCAUUUUCCGUUACCUGGAUCGCGAUAUUGGAUUCCAGGCAGGGCAGCAUUCUUGGUAUCCGAAGGACAAACAGGUUCGCGCUCGGGUGGAUGAGUUUCUUGAGUGGCAGCAUUUGAACGUGAGGGCUCAGUGUGCCCUCUAUUUCAUGUAUGUCUGGAUGAAUCCGCUUCUUGGAUUGGAGGUAAAUCCUCAGAAGGAACAAAGCCUGCGGAAGAAAAUGGAGACCGAUUUGGAUUCCUUCGAGAAGCUGUUCUUGGACAAUGGUAAAAAGCCGUUUAUUGCCGGCGAUGAACUGACGUUUGCCGACGUGAUAGGAGCCUGUGAAAUAGAGCAACCCAAGAUGGCCGGAUUCGAUCCUCGCGAGGGUAGACCAGUCCUAGCCGACUGGAUGGAACGCGUUCGAAUCCAGACCAAUCCGCAUUAUGACGAGGCGCACAAAGUUCUGUACAAGUUUAUGCCGAAAACCAUCAAGGGACCUGGCGCUUGACCAAUUUGUAUCAAAAUCGGGAAAUUGGAAUUAAAAGUUUGUUUUUUUUAAAGGAUUAUUCCCAUUUGUGUCAAGUUAUUUU